UGACACUGAGCAUGUGCGACGUAGUCUUAACUUCCGGUCCGAUCCUCCGGUUCCUCUCUCUUUUUAAUUCAACAAAAGCAACCAACGUUUUUCUUCUAUGAAACCAUAUUUAUUUAUUAUUUCCUCACAAAAUGAAUAUCCGAUGCGCGACGCCCGAAGAUCUUAUGAACAUGCAACAUUGUAAUUUGCUGUGUUUACCUGAAAACUACCAAAUGAAGUAUUACUUUUACCAUGGUCUUUCUUGGCCUCAGUUGUCAUAUGUAGCAGAGGAUGAAAAUGGCAAAAUUGUAGGAUAUGUUCUGGCAAAAAUUGAAAGAAGUUCUUCUAUUUACAGGGAAGAGGACCCAGAGGAUUCUGUCCCUCAUGGACACAUAACAUCACUGGCUGUGAAGCGGUCCUAUCGUCGCUUAGGGUUGGCUCAAAAGCUGAUGGACCAAGCUUCAAGGGCGAUGGUAGAAUGUUUUAAUGCCAAGUACGUCAGUUUGCAUGUCAGGAAAAGUAACAGAGCAGCUCUCCACCUUUACACCAACACACUCAAGUUCUCGAUCAGUGAAGUGGAACCAAAAUAUUACGCUGAUGGUGAAGAUGCCUAUGCCAUGCGACGAGAUUUAUCAGAAUUUAUAGAUAAAGAUUUACAAAGAGCAGCUUCACAGCAAAGUUAGACGUGACUAUUUUAGGUCCAUUCACUUUUUGUUUUCAAUUUUUUUAUAAAUAUUUUUUUUUGUCUUCAAAUGAUGAACGAGAAAAUUGGAAGUACUAAUUGGUUAUUCGGGUAUCUCUGGAAUAAUUAACAACUGUCCAUAUGAUUGAAUCCAAUAAAACAUUUUAAAGACAA